AUGUCACCGUCGAACCGUUCGAAAUCGCCUCCGAAGGGCACACGGCCAGCAGAUCCUUCACCGAAACGUUCCGUACCCAAUGAUACAAUCAAUCCUGAGAGACUGAAAAUGGCUAGAGAUGAAGCUGAGCGUGCAAUGCGAGAACAUAAGAUAUUCACAAUUAUUGGUCCAUAUCCUGCACUUCGUGAAUCGUUAAGACGUCGUGGUUGGAUUGAGAAAUUCUAUCGAGGAAAUACAUUACCAGCUGUUCAUGCAAAUAAAAAAUCUGAUAAGAAAAACAAGAGCGAUGAAGAUGAUGAAGAUGAAAAUGAUGAUGUCAAUGAUGAUGAUGAUCUAGACGAACAUCCGUCGUAUGAAGAUGACACAACGAUACCACCAUGGGAAGAAAAUGAUGGUUAUUACGGACUUCUUUCUCGUCUGGUAAGAACAGCUGCACCAAACUUUAUCUGGAGUGUUCGAGCUACUUACGAUACAAGCACAUUAAAUAAAGAUCAAAUGGUGAAUCAUUAUUCGAGAAAUGGAUGUUUUACUACAAAGGUUGGCCUUUGUAACAGUCUUCGAAGUCUGCAAUGGUUUCACCCGGGUUGUGCGGAUGAAUUCUUUCCUCGGUGUUAUAAAUUAUCCCAUGAAGACGAUAAAGUUGCUUUCAUCAAUGAUUAUCGUUUAACAGCAUGUGUCAGUUUUCUUAAACUCAUUCAAAAUCGAUGUAAAGGUGUCGCAGAACCAGAUAUGACUUCUAUAUUAGCCAUGAGUUCCGACAGUCCAGCUGAACCGAAACCUGAAGUACCUGUACCUAACGAAGAAGAGCUACAAUUACAACGAUCAGUUACUUUACCUCCGGGUCAAUUAACAGCAAAGUCAAACAAUGGGAAAAAUCCACCGAAAAUUGUAUCCUCUUCGUACAUUGAAUUUGCUUUAAAAAUAGUCGACGACUACACAUUGUCACGCGAACAUGAAGAUAUUGAUAUUAAUCAAGCAACACAACCUGAAACGACCGAAGAACAAUGGACACAUUUUAUCGAACAAUUCUAUGUUGCUUCACAUUCGAAUGGUGAUAUUGAAAAGAUGGAGAAUUAUCUGGGCAGAAUUGACGAAGCACUAAGAAAUGUUGAGCAGCAUUGGGCUCAAUAUCAUAUUGAUGGAACGAGAGAUAUCUGGAUUCUUAAACCUGGUGCUAAAUCAAGAGGACGAGGAAUUGUUGUAUACGAUCGUUUAGAAGACAUAUUGAAACUAUGCUCAUCAACUUUAACUAAAGAUGGUAAAUUCGUUGUACAAAAAUAUAUUGAACGUCCAUUACUUAUUCAUAAAAUUAAAUUCGAUAUUCGUCAGUGGUUUUUAGUUACUGAUUGGAAUCCAUUAACUAUAUGGAUGUAUAAGGACUGUUAUUUGCGUUUUUGCACUGAACAUUUCAGUUUGGAAACAAGACAACAAAAUGUACACUUAUGUAAUUAUUCAAUACAGAAGAAUUAUAAGAACAAUUCCAAUCGACAUAAUGACCUUCCAGCGGAGAAUAUGUGGACGAAUGCAGAAUUUGUCGACAAAUAUCUUCGACCUAAUAAUUUAGCUGAUCGUUGGGACCAAUUCAUAUAUCCAGCGAUGAAAAAUGCGAUCGUGUGUUCAAUGCUUGUCGCGCAAGAUACCAUUGAUCCAAGAAAAAAUUCUUUCGAAUUAUUUGGUGCUGAUUUUAUGCUUGGUGAAGACCUUAAACCUUGGUUGAUUGAGAUUAACUGUAGUCCAACAAUGGCGCGUAGUACUCUCGUCACUACAGAAAUGUGCGAUGGCGUUUUAGAAGAUACAUGUAAAGUGAUGAUCGAUCGCAGAUACAAUCGAUCAGCUGAUACAGGCCGAUUUGAAAUGAUUCACAGAGGAACAAUUGUGCCUGUUCCAAUCUAUGUUGGAAUUGAUCUUCGUGUUGAAGGCAAAGUUUGUAAAACCGGUCGACCGACAAACUAUGCUCCUCCGGUGACAAACGCUACACAAAAUAAUAAUACGAUGAACAAUAACAAGAACGCUACUGUGAAUAAAACACCAAUGUCUGCGCCUACGCAAUCGAAUUCGUUAUCGCCUUCAUCUUCUUCGUCUAUCAUGCCGGCUGAAAACCAACCAACUUUAGCUCAACGAUCGAGUUCGCGUCUUACCGACAAUCAAAUCUUGUCUUCGAAAAGUUUUCAUAAUCUCGCUGCUCUUAAACUUCGUCGUGAAAUGAGUCAACCAGCAUUGAGUCGUGUGGAAUUCAACUCUUCAUCAGACAAUCCUUCGGAUAAAAUGUCAUCGAAUGAUAAUUUAUUGUUACCAUCUCGUACAAAUAUCAUUUAUCGAUUGAGUCAAAGUCAACAACCAGACCUACGUCAAAAACAAGUUAAACCCCAUCCCACGCGUUUAUCAUUGGAGAAUCUUCCUGUUCGUCACAUAAGUAAAACAAGAGUAAAUGAUAAUCCUCCAUCACCAAAAGAUCUACUAGCAUCAUUGGGUGUGAAAGUUCCACAUCAAUUCCCAUUCUUUCGUCAAUACCAACGAACUUGGUUAUCAUAUAAACCAGCUCACUCAUCGGUAACAUUGACUUCUACGACAUCAAAACCUUUCAAAUCACGAAAAACAAUCAUUCCUCCGUCUCAUCUGCCAAGUUUAUCAACAAUUUCAAUUCCAGCGACUAUCUCAACCAUAUCCAAUAUGAAUGAUAAUCAUGGUCAUUCGACAGCAGCAGCAGCAUCCUCGUCUAUUGCCGUUGUUGCAUAA